AUACAAGCUUUUAUCGACAAUAUCGUAAUCUAUUUAGACGAUGCUAAGGAUUAUAUACAGUACCUAGAUACAAUUUUCAGCCUCUUUGCCAACAAGAAUAUCGCUUUCUCACUAGCCAAGUUAUAUAUAGGAUAUCUAAGCGUUGAACUACUUAGCUUCUACGUUGAUAGCCUAAGCCUUACAACUACUAUAUAG